CUCCUCCCCUCAGGUCAUGGUCUGCCCGCAGGCCUGGCAGAGGUGGAGAUGAUCGAGCGGGCUCGGGCCAAACGAGUGUGGGAGGCGAGUCUCCCUCCGCUGGACGACCUGAGUCAGCUGGACAAGAGGAGGAGGAAGAUGGAGGAGAUGGAGGCCAGAGAGUGGGCGUUCAGAGAAGAAGAAAUCCAGAAUUUGCAGGAGUCCCGUCUCGCCGUGCUGACGGACCUGCUGAUGCAGAGAGGCGAGGCCCUGGGAGACGUCACCAACCAGAGGCUGAACCGAAUCUUCUCCAAGCUCCAAGAAGACAGGCAGAGCGAACUACACAAGACCCACAACGACUACAGCAGGUCUCUGAGGAAACUGGAAGUGAAGCGGAGGAACCUGAAGGGGCAGCUGCAGCGACUCGGCUCUAAAGACUCUCAGUUCUUCCCUUGCACUCCCAGGGGCACGUUCACCAGUGCUCACAACAAUGUGUCACAAAACCACCGCUCAGACUCAUACGAAGUCCUGGUCGAGCUGGAGGCCGAGCUCUCUGCCUCAUUCAGCGAGACACGGGUGAAGAGAUCCAGUGUGAUCCGGCCCUCCUUGAACAAAACGUUUGAAAUGAUGAAGACUUACAAGGAUCUGAGGGAGGAGCAGAAGGAGCAGAAGACGCUCAAGCCGUUACGUUUUCUGGUCAAGAAGGAGAAGCCUGUUCCUCGUCCGGUCACUCCCAGAGUGGAGGAGCCAGCGGAGGGAGAAGAGGAGACGGAGCUCGCUGUCAUCCACCUGCAGAAACUGCUGAGAGGAAGAAGCGUCCAGUACGAGAUGUUUCAGGGCAAAGAAAACCACACCGAUCUGAUCCAGGAUCUGAGGUCGGGCCUCGCUCUGCAGAGAGAGGAGCAGGGGCUGCAGGAAGCCGAAAGGGAGCGGAUAACCACCCUGAAGGAACAGAGAGACAAACAAAGACACGAGAACUCUCAGAGGGAGGCGUCCCAGGACAGAGUGAUCGGCGAGACCCUGGAGAACGUGUUGGACACCUUGUCCAAGGAGCUGAUUCGUCUCCAGGAGGAGCGGAGGAUCCACGCCUUCACGUUGCUGGCCGAGAGAGAGCGCCGCGUUCGAGAGGCUGAGGAGAGCGGCAGGAGGCAGCUGGAGGAGCAGAGGCGCAGAGAGGGAGAUGAGAUCUUCAGACAAGUAGUGCAGGUUCACCAGGAAACUGUGGAUUUGUAUCUGGAGGACAUCAUCUUGGGAGCUGUGGAGAAGACGGCGGACGACCAGGCGAGAAAAGAGAUCCGCAGGAGGGCGAAGGAGAUUAACGACAUCGCUUACGUCGAGGAGGAAAGCAGGGACAGUCUUCAGUCGGAGGAGAUCGUGUCAGAGCUGGUUUACAGUUUCCUCGUCCCAGAGGUGGAGAAGAUCAACAUCAGGAAAAAAGUUCACGUGCAGCAGCAAAUGCACUUGCAGGUCGCUCGGAGCAUCAUCAGUGAGGCUGUGGACAAUUCUGGGAGGCCUCACACCUCUCUCCUCCUUCCCCCUGAAACAGCCUCCGCUGUGCAGAUGAGCAGCGGAGAGCGGGAUCAGCAGCAGGAAGCCGAGCAGCUCCUCGACCACACCGAGUAGAAACUAAAGAAUAUGAAACCUGCGGAGGUAGUUCCACUCUUCAGCCACUGAGAGGCACUGUUACUCUAAAUUUAGCAGAGUUCUGACUGAUUCAUUUGUACGGGGAGGUGUUUACCUUUAGUUCACGCUUAUUGAAGGACAUGAGCUCAAGAGAAGAUCCAGCUGAGGUGAAGUGCAGAGGUCGUCUCAAAUGACUUUGAUGAAUUCCCUACGACCUCAGAUCUCUUCUGGACGAUCAUAAAGUUAAAGAUAACUUUGCAGUCGAGGCUCCUCAGCUCUGAUUCUUCCUGCCUGACAAUCUCAGACUUUUAAAACUAAACUUUAAAACUGAAAUUAAAAACCUUCUGGAGACCUCUCUCAGCUUCGGUAGCAGUUUUGUUUUUCUGUUGUUGAGGAACAAUGUGACUCCUGCUUCAGCAGCCGCACACUGAACCUUCAGCCACGGCACAAAACACACAAACAGAGAAAACAACCGGGUGCACAUAUGAUUUUACAGAACAAGUAUAAUCGGUUUUCUUUGUGUUGCCUGUUGCAAAGUUUUCUUUCUGCUCAAAUAAAUGAGUCUCAGCUGCAUCAGAGCUGUUUAAAUACUGUUGUUGUUAAUUGGACUGAACCACGUUGCUCCUGCAUCCAGGGGAGAGGAGCUGUUCCUGCUCCGAUUGGUUUGUUCGGAUCUUUUUCACAACCGUGUUCACACCAUUGAGAAUCACUGAUUUACUAUUAAAUAACUAACUUUACUGACACAGUUUAUCGAAAGAGUUGAGUCACAUAAAUGUUUCCCUGCCUGUCUCAGUUAGUUCGACUCAGCUCUCUUGUGUUUGAGAUUAGUUGAUGUGUUUAAUAAAAACCAGGGGCGUUGCAACAGUUUAGUUUACGUUAGGCCCCGAGCUGGAAGGAGGCCCCAGAGAACAGACGUCAGGUUUGAAAACCCUGUAAAGUCCCUGAAGGUCUAAAGCUCCGGAGGCUGCAACGACGACAUGGUGACAAACCUUCCGAUCGAGGCAGCGUGUCACUAACGAGCUGCUUCAUCAUUCCAGACGUUUGGUUGAAGACUAGAACGUUUGAAUGUGUAAAUAGACACAAGAAACUUGGACUCUGGACAAACGUAAUUAAACUCAUCAGCAGUAAAUCGCUUUUGUAAAGGUUCGGAGAUAAAAUGAAAA